AUGGUAAAAGAAAUUUGUGAGGAGUUCAAUGCCACCUCCCAUGGAGUGUUCACUAUUGAGCCUGAACAGUUCCCAGAGCUAGAUUGGGAAGCAGCCGCUGAUGAGAAACUACUACAUAUUGUGGUAACAGCAGAGGAAGUAAGAAUACAGCUAGCAUCACUAGAUGAAAAUAAAGCAACUGGACCAGAUAGAAUAUUUCCAUGGAUGUUUAAAGAAGCAGCACAUGCCCUCAGCAUACCUCUAGCACUAAUCUGUAAUGAGUCACUUACACAGGAGGAAUUGCCUUACUGCUGGAAGAAGACAAAUGUGGUGCAAAUCUUCAGGAGAGGAGAUAGUGAAGCGGCACUUAGCUACAUACCUGUGGCACUCACAAGCAUCCCUUGCAAAAAGAAACAGAGAAGACAGGAUCUGAGGCGUAGUGUUGACAGUGAGAGUGUAACUAACGAAAGCGACAAGAGAAAGAAGUGCGACGCUGAGACUGAUCAAACCAGUGUCGACGAAAGGGCAGAACAAUGUCAAGAAGGUGACUGUCAGCAGAGGUGGAGGCUUCUCUUCCCUACUUCAUGCACACUGACCUACCACAAGAAGCUGCUGUGGACAGUCAACCUGGGAAGAGAGCACUGCAAGUUCGAGCCCUUGCUGAAUGAAGGUGUGAAUAGACGUUACUUUACUUAA